AUGGGCAACUUCUCAGUCAUCACAGAAUUCCUCCUCAUGGAGUUUUCCAGCAUGCGGGAGCUGCAGGUCCUACAUGCUCUGCUGUUCCUGCUGAUUUACCUGGCUGCCCUGAUGGGAAAUCCUCUCACCAUUGCUGCAAUUAUAACUGAGCCACACCUUCACUGUCCCAUGUAUUUUUUCCUGAGCAACUUAUCCCUCCUGGAUAUCUGCACCAUCUCAGUCACGCUUCCUAAAUUCAUUGUGAAUUCCUUGUCUGGCACUCAGUCCCUGUCCCUCCUUGGCUGUGCUGCUCAGAUCUUCUUCUUUCUCUUCUUUGGAACAACAGAGUUUGCUUUGCUUGUGGCCAUGUCCUAUGAUCGGUUUGUGGCCAUCUGCCACCCCCUACACUAUGGCAUCAUCAUGACGCCAGCACAUUGUGUCUGGGCAGCAGCUGGCUCAUGGCUCAGUGGGCUUAUCUAUUCAGCUGUCCACACUGGGAACAUGUUCCGCCUGCCCUUCUCAGGAUCCAAUGUGAUCCACCAGUUUUUCUGUGAUGUCCCUCAUGUCUUGAAAGUCUCAGCCUCUGAUGUGUUUCAUACUGAGUUUGUAUUAAGUGUAGCAAGUUCAAGUUUUUUGCUAUGCUGCUUUGCCUUUUUAAUUGCGUCAUAUGUUCGCAUCAUUUCCAGUGUGCUCAAGAUUCCUUCUGUGGAAGGACGCCACACGGCCAUUUGA